GGCGAGAUCAGUUAGACUUUGUGUUAUAGUGCUCAACUCAGUUCAAGUCAACGGAUGCAGAUUUAGUGCGAAGAAAAUCAAUUGAAUAGAAAGCCAAGAUGAGGACGGCAACGGUUCUUUCCUUAGCCGCAAUUACAUUGUUGUGCAUUGCUCAAAGUAGAGCCAGCAUUGUACCCUUGACGGGUGUGAAUCAACUACCUUUGGUGCUUUCUGUACCAACUGUGGUGACUGUAGUUCGAACAGAAGAUGAUGGACAAUACAAACCAGUGCCCGGUUUGGAGGGCGAAUAUGUGCCAAGCAUCGAGGAUGGAGGUAUAACCAACGUCAUAACUACAGGAGUAUUGGCUGGCGGUGUUGUGGGAGGACCUUUGGUCAGCUCUCCAGGUGCUCUGCUCACCGUUGGUGGACCUGUAAGUGUUGCUGGACCUGUAAGUGUUGCUGGACCUGUCAGUGUUGCUGGACCUGUCAGUGUUGCUAGUACUGUCAAUAUUGCUGGUGGUGAAGGUGCAGCAGUUGCAGAAGCAGUGAUUAGUUCAGCAGCUGUUGGCGGUGGCGGUGAAGGGGCUGGCGUUGCAGUUAGCUCUGGCAGUAAUGGAUCCAUUGACGGCUCAAAUGGAAGCGCUGUAGUUGUCGGAGCAGAUGCUGCAGAAGGCGUAGUUGGUUCUGCUGGUGAGGAAAGUAUUGCCGCCGGUGGUGUAGAUUCUGGAAAUGGCAAUGGUGGAGCUGGAGCCCUAGGUGUCGAAGCUGCUGCAGGUAGUGCUAUUGGAAUUGGAGGACUAAGUGUGCAAGCUGCUGCUGGCAGUGCCAUCGCAGCCGAAGGACUAGCUGCCUCAGUAGCAGGUGCUGGUAGCGCUAUUGAAGUUGGAGGACUAGGUGGCUCAGGUGGCGCUGGCGCAAUUGCAGUCGAUGAGUUAAGUGAUGAAGGUGCUGCUGUUAGCGCUAUUGGAGUUGGAGGACUAGGUGGCGCAGGUGGAGGUGCUGGUGGCGCUAUUGGAGUGGAAGGAUUAGGUGGCGAAGGUGGUGCUGGUAGCGUUAGUGGUACUGGAAACGUAGUCUUGGGUGGAUCUGGGCCUUAUCUUAUUGUUAGCAGUGCAUCUGGCGGUGGUGGUGGUGGAGGUGGUGCCGGAGGUCUUAUUGGUGCUGGAGGUGGUGGUGGUGGAGGCGGUGCUAGCGGAAUUGGUGGAGCUGGUGGCGGUGGUGGUGCCGCUGGAGCCAGCGUUAUUCAUGGUAUUGGUGGCGGUGGUGGUGCUGGCGGUAUUGGUGGUGCCGGUGGCGGCGGUGGAGCUGGUGGUUCUGGUGGCCUAGCAAUAGCUGGUGGUGGCGGCGGAGCCGGAGGUUCUGGUGGUCUGGCAAUAAUUGGUGGUCUUGCAACAGGUGGUGGUGGCGGUGGCGGUGGUGGAGCUGGUGGUCUGGCGACAGGUGGUGGUGGCGGUGGCGGAGGUGGAGCUGGUAGUGCUGGUCUUCAUGCAAUAGCUGGAGGUGCCGGUGGCGGCGGUGGUGGAGGUGGAGGCGGUAGUGUACAUGGCGGAGCAGGAGGUGGCGGUGCCGGCGGCGCAGCUGGUAUCGGAGGCGCUGCUGGCGGUGGUGGCGGUGGUGGUGCUGGUGCUGCCACUGGCAUUGAUGGUCGCGCUGGUAGCUCGGGUGCAAGUGGUGCAGACGCUUGGGGUGGUGGCGCGGGUGGUGCUGGUGGUCUUGGUGCACCCGCCUUACCUUGGCUAAAUCUUCAUUAAGAAAGUUACUUCCUAAAGCAAGUCUCUGUAUAAUGCUCAAAGUAAUGGAAAUGUGAUGUGUAAUCUAAUAUAUUAUAUUUUUAACUUGACAUCAACUACACUAGUUUAAGUCUAGUCGUCAUUUUGUACUUGCAAGUGAAUAAAAAGAUUUCACAAUAAAAUUGUAACUAAA